AUGAACACUCUCUUCCCCCACGCCGCCUACGAGGAAGACCAGCGCUACGCCCGCACAAUUCUAACCCUCCACGUCCUAUCUCGCGGUUUCACAACCGGUGCCACAAUCUCUCUCCUCACGGCCACCGCCUCAACCCUCCUCUCCCAGCCCCGCACAUGGGCGACUUUCGGACGUAAAGCCCUCAUCAGCUCCUCCCGCGGCGCCAUAAUCGGCCUCCUGGCCUCCGACCUCGCCCUCACGGCCCGCAUGUGGGGCCGCGAGGAGAUAGAAUGGCAGAGCCGCGCGUGGCGGCUGCAGGAGAAUAGGGGCCAGAGCGAGGCGGACAAGUGGGUUACUGCGAGCGAGGUACUGGGCGUUGCGGCGGUGGUGGUGGCGGCGAGGACGGGGAGGUUACCGGCGGGGCUGGGGAGUAAGAGGGUGCCGGCGAUGGCGACGGCGGUGGUGGGGGCCGCGGGGUUGGGGAGUGUGGUUGGGACGGCGGAGUAUGUGGUCUGGAGGCAUGGGAUUAAGAGGGGGAAGUGGCCGGAGGUGGCGGAGAGUGUGAAGACGGGCGUCGAGAGCGCGGAGAAGGGGAUGGGGGUUAAGUCGACUUCGUGA